AUGCCCAAGUUCUUCUGUAAGCUCCCCAGUACGCGCGAAUCGACAAAGACCCCUCCAACUGACUUCUUAUCACCAGGCGAUUAUUGCGAUGUCUACCUUACGCACGACUCCAUGAGUGUGCGCAAGGCCCACAACAGCGGUCGAAACCAUUUACGAAAUGUAGUCGACUACUACCAACAAAUCGGUCACGAAAAGGCCCAGUCGGUUAUUGAUUCGAUUACUUCUUCUUAUGCUGCCGAGGGCCAAGCCCACGCGAAUCCCAUGCUUCCUCAGAAUCAACCUGGCCAAGGUUUCCACCCACCUCCCUUCGGCUUCCCAGGUGGUGUCCCUCCUCCAUUCCCUGGAAUGCCAGGCGCACCUCCCGGACAAUUUCCUCCUCCUCCUGGCGGUGGUCGAGGCAUGCCUCCUAUGCCUCCAUUCCCUGGACCCAACGGCAUGCCCAUUCCUCCUAAUGGCCUUCCGUUCCCUCCUCCUGGUGGCUUCCCUUUCCCUCCUCCAGGUGCCCCCGGAGCUCCUGGCGCUCCUGGCGCCGCAGGUGGUGCUCCCCCUCCGUUUCCUGGGAUGCCCGGCAUGCCCCCGCCUGGUCAAGGGUUCCCUCCCGGUGGUAUUCCCCCACCUGGAUUUGCUCCUCCCGGCGCCGGACCUCCUGGACAUGAGAAGCGAUAG